AUGGCGCCUUCUGCAGUCACAGCAUCCGGCGAUGGUCAGGCCAUUGGCGACGUCACUCCAGCCAAGUCACUUAACACAUCUGAGGAGCUUGUUGAAGCCCUCAAAAGUACCAACACUGCUCCUCUCUGGGCUCAGAUGACACGCCUGAACCCUCCAGCACCCAAUCCUCAAACCAUUCCCUAUGUCUGGUCAUAUGACAAGAUCAAGCCAUACUUGCUCAAGGCUGGUCAGCUUAUCACUGAGAAGCAAGCUGAGCGUCGCGUCCUGAUGCUUGGGAACCCUGCAAGAGCCGCACCAUACACAACUGAUACCCUGUAUGCUGGACUUCAGCUGGUGCAGCCCAAGGAAACAGCACCUGCGCACAGACACACUGCCUUCGCUUGCAGGUUUAUCAUCGAAGGCACUGGCGGCUUCACUGCAGUUCAUGGCAAGAGAGUGCCUAUGAAGCCUCGUGAUGUCAUUGUCACUCCCACCUGGAACUGGCAUGACCACGGAAAGAAGGGUGCUGAUGAAGAGGGUGGAGAUGAUAAGCCAGUCAUCUGGCUUGAUGGUCUUGACCUCCCCAGCUUCAUCCACUUCCCUGUUCAUUUCGUCGAACAUCAUACAGCUGCGCGAUACCCAGCUGAAGACUUCGAAGAGUCCGAUAUUGUCUACCCAUGGAGCAAGAUGCAGCCCAAACUAGAUGUCAGCCCAGACGAAUGGGUCUCGGAGCCGUAUCUGAAGCCUAGUGGGGCUGAGAUUGGUCGUAUCAUUGGCGCCUCAGCUGAGAGACUUGAUCCAGGUGCCAAGUCGCCCGAGAUCCAAGAGACAAGCUCUGCUGUGUACCAUGUCAUUGAAGGUUCCGGUUCCACUCAAGUCGGAGACAAAAUCCUUCAAUGGAAGCAGGGUGAUACGUUUUGCAUCCCCACUUGGCACAAGUAUCAGCAUCAUGCAGACGACAACAGUAAGGUUUAUCUCUAUAGGUUUGAUGAUAAGCCGAUGCUAAGGGCUUUGGGCUUUUACCGCGUGGCGGGAGUUGAUGUUGAGACUUAUGUCUCUGAAUGA